GCUCUCCGCUCGUCACUCCUCUGUGCUACAGUGCUUGGCGCUCACACCUGAAGUGACAGAGCUGUGGUGAAGGCAGCGCACAGUGCAGCUCAGCCUGAUGCUUCUACAAAGCGUCAGCAGGGCACAUUUGGAGAGCAAGUCAGAAGGAGGGGGGGGGUAUCCAAAGGGAGGGGAGGGGAUGCGCGCAUGUGACAGGCUUUUGGACGUUCUCAUUUGUAUCAGUCGGUCAGGGAGUUCAGUCUGUCCGUCGGGAGCUGCGUUUUGAAUAAAAGAGAAAAAAAAAAAUCAACGGGGACUUGCAUUUUCUAACAUUGCACGCCUCGUCCUCGUCUCUCCUGCAGAUCGUCACAGCACCAUGCGAGCAGGAGAGACGCGCCCUGUGCCAUGCUGAACGACUCUCCGACUCUCCUGCUGGCUCUGACCGCGGUGGCCGGACUUCUCCAGCGAUGCCAAGGCUGGAGCGACGAAGACCUCCUCCUGCCGCCCAUCAACUCCUCCAACAGGUUUCUGGCCAACCUGGAGGUGGACGUGCGCUUCUCCAAGAGGUCCGUGGAGGAGAGCGACGCCUCGCCCGACGCCUCCUCCCUGCAGACUCUGUCCCAGUGCAACGUGAGCGUCCAGAGACUCCUGCCCACGUCGCUGGUGGCCCGCUGGGACAGCAGCUUCGGCUUCCAGUGUGAUGUGCUCAUCUACACCACCAACAAUCACGGGAGAGCUUUUUUCUCGGCGUCUUUCAACAGGGCCAUCUCGCCCGUCGUCAUCGAGCACCUCGGGGUCACUGGGGGUCAGCAGGAGUUGCGUCUGUGCGUGGGCUGCGGGAUGUCCCGGUACCGGAGGUUUGGUCAGGGCAGGUCGAGGGGCCAGCAGACCGGGGAUCAGGUCAGUUUCUGCUGCGUGGAUUUCAGCCUCGACGAGCUGAAGGGGGACAAAAGUUGGAGGCUGAAUAGAAAGCCAAUCGAGUCGACACUUGUGGCUUGUUUCAUGACUUUGGUCAUCAUCGUGUGGAGUGUUGCUGCUCUCAUAUGGCCGGUCCCGAUCAUUGCAGGAUUUCUGCCCAAUGGGAUGGAGCAGAGGAGACCGAGAUAAUUAAAAUAAUCUUUAUUAUUAUAAUUAGCCUGUGCUGCCUAUACUAUAAUUGUAGCCAUUCAACUGUUGACCUGAAUGAGUGACUGCGGAGCUUUGGAGGACUUUCUGAUCAAAUGCUUUAGUUUUGGGUGUUCUCUAACCUUUAUUAGACCUCCUCCUCAUUAGGACAACCAAGGUAAAGUAUGAUAAGUUAUACUAGCCAAUAAAAAUCUAUACUGGGACCAACACCAAUGUGUUUUGUAUACCCUUGUAGGCCUUCCUAUAGAUUAUGUCAGCGUAAACUGUGCAAACUUUUCUCUUUAAACAGUGUUUGUAUAAUUUUUAAUCUUUCUAGAAAGUUUUUUGCCUUAUCCCAUGUGUAGGACUUUUGCACUGAAAAACUGAACUUUGAAGUGUGCCGUCAUAUAUAUAACCUAUAGUCAUGUUCAGAGUAAAUGUGGUAGUUUUUUUUUCCCAGAUACAUUCUGAAAAAUAGCCGUUUAUAUUGUUAGAUUUAUAAUGUCAAGUAUAUGCGUGCUUAUUUGUAUUCAUGUUAAAUUGAAAUAAAAUUGAUUAUAGGCUAUAACCCGGAUUCUCUCUGACCUGUUCU